AUGGCUAUUUUCUUGUACAUCUGCUCUUUGCUAUCCCUAUCAACAGCUUCUACAGUGGUGGAUCUAGGCUAUGCGAGCUAUGAGGGCCGCACAUUAUCCAGCGGAGUCACACAGUGGCUCGGUAUGCGGUUUGCUGCUCCUCCUGUAGGAGAUCUACGAUUUGCUGCCCCGCAGGAUCCUUUGUCUGUCAAGGGAAUACAGCAAGCAAUCGAGCAUGGAAGUAUAUGUAUCCCCACCGCAAGAAGUGAAGGCAAUGCAGUCCCAGCAAGAAGUUCGGAAGACUGUCUGUUCCUUGAUAUCUACGCUCCUACAGCUGCACUCAAGGACUCGAAGAAAUUACCUGUCUACUUUUUCAUACAAGGAGGAGGUUUUGCGGGAAAUUCAAAUGCCAACUAUAACGGCACUGGGUUGAUCAAUGCAUCUGGAAACAAUAUGGUGGUGGUUACUUUCAACUAUCGAGUUGGUCCCUACGGAUUUCUUGCUGGAAGAGAGAUCGAAAAAGGAGCCAGUCUGAACAAUGGUCUAAAAGACCAACGCAAGGCACUCAAGUGGGUUCAGAGGCAUAUCAGCAAGUUUGGCGGAGACCCCAAACAUGUUGUCCUUGGUGGUGAUAGCGCAGGUGCUGCCUCAAUAACUCUCAUGCUCUCAUCAUAUGGCGGCAAAGAUGAGGGCCUUUUUGUUGCCGCUGCUGCAGAGUCACAGAGCUUUGGUCCGGUGCUUAAUGUCACCGAAAGUCAAUUUGCAUAUGACGAACUGGUAACUGCGACUGGAUGUGGUGGUAGUCAAAAUACCCUGGCAUGUCUGCGCAGCCUCGACGUCAAUGCUUUGCAGCUGAAAAAUGUCAACAGACCCUACCCAGGAGCAACAGGGAAACCCUUAUUCCUGUACGGCCCCACAAUCGACGAGGACCUGGUGAUAGACUACACGUAUCGCCUCUUUCAUGAAGGUAAAUUCAUCAAGGUACCAGUGAUAUUCGGCGAUGUCACCAAUGAAGGCACGAAUUUCGUUCCCAAGACCACCUUUAGUGUUGGCGGGGCUGAUACAUUUAUUCGGAACCAAUUCCCAUCAAUAAAAGAGGCACAUAUUUCUUGGAUCAACAGUAUGUAUCUGAAUGCAAACCAGACGGAGAAAUUCUUUGGCACUGGGUCCUACUGGAGACCAGCAAGCACGGCUUAUGGAGAAAUGCGCUACAUCUGUCCUGGAAUUGACAUGUCUUCAGUCUACGCUGCGGCAGGUGUCCCAAGCUGGAACUUCCACUACGCAGUUCAGGACCCCGCCAACGAGAAAUCGGGGGUGGGCACAUAUCACACCGUCGAACUGAAUGCGAUCUGGGGUCCGACCAAUACUCGUAACAAGGCUCCAGCUUCGUACUAUACCACCAACGCAGAUAUAGUGCCUCUGAUGCAAGGCUACUGGACGAGCUUCAUUACCUCCCUGGAUCCGAACACCAAACGUCUUCCUUCGAGCCCGAAAUGGGAGACUUGGGGUCAAGAUGGUGAUGGAUAUCGGCGGAUAUUCAUUCGAAGUAAGGAGACUAAGAUGGAGACAGUGCCACAGGGACAGAGGAGUCGAUGUAAAUAUUUGACUAGUAUUGGUGUUGAUUUGCAGCAGUAG